AUGUCCACAGCAAACGACUUGGUCACCACCGAGCAAGUAGUGCUUGAUCAAAUCAAGCACGAGAUUUCAAACUAUGACGAUGUAGUCGAUUCUGCCAAAAUGGCAGUCGAUGCUGAAAAGACUAUGACACUCAGAGAAGGUCUUCGAAAAUACCCUCGAGCGGUCUUAUGGUCAGUCUUACUAUCAACUGCAAUUAUCAUGGAAGGGUUUGAUGUUGUUCUGAUCAACAACUUUUACGCCUUACCUCAAUUUGCACAAAAAUACGGCAUCCAACUUCCAAAUGGUAAAUACACCAUCACAGCUCCGUGGCAAGCUGGUCUCUCCAAUGGUGCUCAGGUCGGUGAGAUCAUCGGUCUGUGCAUUAACGGUUGGUCAUCCGAAAGAUUCGGUUACAAGAAAACCAUGAUUGCUGCUUUGUCAAUGAUGAUCGUUGCGAUCUUCAUACCCUUCUUCGCGAAGAACAUAGAGACUUUGCUCGUAGGAGAGAUCUUGCAAGGUAUCCCUUGGGGUGUCUUCCAAACUUUAACGACAGCUUAUGCCGCCGAGAUCUCUCCUGUUGCCUUACGACCUUACCUUACCGCUUAUGUCAACCUCUGUUGGGUACUGGGCCAAGUCAUUGCUUCAGGUGUGCUCAGAGGUGUCUUGACAUGGGACUCACAAUGGGCUUAUCGACUUCCCUUCGCGCUUCAAUGGUUGUGGCCGGCACCAAUUCUGAUUGGAACUAUCUUUGCACCUGAAUCACCCUGGUGGCAAGUCCGAAAAGGCAGAGAAGAUGAAGCCCGAAAGACGAUUCGAAGAUUAUUCAGUAAUCCAUCCGAUGAAGAAGUGGAGAACUCAGUCUCUAUGAUGGUACACACCAACGCUAUCGAGAAGACCUUAUCUGAAGGUACCAGUUACUGGGAUUGUUUCAGAGGCGUCGAUUUGAGAAGAACAGAAAUCGCUUCUGGUGCAUGGAUGAUUCAGAAUCUUUGUGGUUCAGCCUUCAUGGGUUACUCGACAUUCUUCCUUGAACAAGCCGGUCUUGCUACUUCCUACGCUUUCGAUCUAUCUAUCGCUCAAUACGCCUUGGGUGCAUGUGGUACUCUCUCUUCAUGGUUUUUGAUGUCAAGAAUCGGUCGAAGAAGACUUUACCUCGCCGGCCUUUUCGGUAUGAUUUGCUUAUUACUUGUCAUCGGUGGAAUGGGCUUCAUAUCUACCUCAAACUCUGGUGCUCAAUGGGCGAUCGGAGCAAUGUUGCUAGCUUACACCGCUUUAUACGAUGCCACCGUCGGACCAGUAUGUUAUACGAUUGUCGGAGAGAUCUCUUCCACUAGAUUAAGAGCUAAGACAGUUGUAAUCGCUCGAGUAGCCUACAAUAUCAUCGGUAUUUUGAACUCGAUUAUCAUGCCUUACUUCCUGAACAGCACAGAGCUCAACUGGGGAGCCAAGACAGGGCUCUUCUGGUGUGGUUUCUGUUGCCUUUGUUUCGUAUGGACCUUCUUCAGAUUGCCUGAAGCGAAGGGAAGAACAUAUGGUGAAUUGGACGUUUUAUUCGAAAACAAAGUUUCCGCAAGAAAAUUCGCCACAACCGUCGUCGAUCAAUUUGCAGGACACGGUUCUUCUUCAACUCCUCCUCAGAAUGUCGAAGAUUAUGAUGAGAAGAAAUACGGUGGAAGUAAGAAUGAUGUUGUCCAUUUGGAAUCCAUCUAA